UGUAGUGUGUGUGCGUGUGUGUCACUGUUUCUGGCAGGGACCGGAAGGAAGUGAGCGAACACACAGGCGGAACUUAAAGCUUCAGCAGAUGUUUCCGAGGAACUCUGCGCAACAGCAACUUCCGCUGUGUUUACGUUUAAACUUUCUUCACUUCUGCAGACAUGUCCACGCUCUUCCCAUCUCUGUUCCCACGUGUGACCGAGUCUCUGUGGUUCAAUCUGGACCGGCCGUGUGUGGAUGAAGCUGAAUUACACCAACAAGAACAACAGCACCAGACCUGGUUACAGAAUAUCGCAGAGAAAGACAACAAUCUGAUGCCCAUCGGACGGCCGAUCUUUGAGACCUUCGAUGAGGAAGAGGAGGAGGAUGAUGAAGACGAGGAGGACAGCGAGGAAGAUUCAGAAGACGAUGAAGACAUGCAGGACAUGGACGACAUGAACAUCUACAACGAGUUUCCUGAUGAUGGAGAGAUCAAUGAGGUAAAUGAUGCGAGUAUCGCUCACUGACAGGUCGACAUGGAAGGAGGAGAUCAAGACCAGGACCAGUGGAUGAUCUAAACCCACAUCAGGCGCUCGCUCGUCCACUGGAGCUUCAGAUCUCUGCUCUGCAUGUGGAGGAUCCACUCGUGUAAAGAUGCUUGGGAGGGUUUCUCUGUUCAACUGCUGCUGGUCACUGACAUCACUCUUUCCUGCAUUACGGGACAUUCAGGUGUUUCUACACAGACAGGUCAGAAGGGAUUCAGGUGUCUGAUGUAAAGUAUUUCUGUCUCUAGUUGCGAGUGUUCCUGACGAUGCAGCUCUUAUCAGCGCUGUGAACUUUGUCUGUUGUCACGCGGCUGGAAAGUGAACUAUGAUUCUGAUGCCGAUUCAUGUGAGAGCUGCUGAAGUUACUCAGUUACUUGACUUAAAAUCUCAACUCACUUCUUCGUGUAUGUGUGCUGUUUGAUAAUUGUGACUGUAAAUAAAUGUUUAUUGAACUUUU